AUGCCGUCCGCUACGGGCACACCGAAAUCCUCUCUGUCUUCUAAAACGCCGCAGCGCGCCUCCUCGUACUUCACAUACCCCGUCCAAUACGCCGUUGGAGGCAUACUACGACGACUAAACUCCGACGCAAGCCCGCCGAGCACCACGAAUGCGAGCAUAAGGCAUUCACCAAACAGAAGGCAGUCGCAAUUCGCCUCCACCGCGAACUCUCUCUCGCAUUCGCUUGCCAGCCUUGUGUCGAACACGGCCAACUCUCUCUCAUCCUCUACGGCAGGCGCAGGCGCAGACAUGCACGGCGCACUCCACAACCCACACCGCACAGCGAGCCCCUUCCAGCCACCACCGCUGACGCCUCUGACCCUACAAGGAUGGAAGCAGGGAAUGCGCGAAAGUGGCAAGCUGCUCAACACAUCGUUAGCAGAAGAGAUCAGGCUACUGGUACCGCCAAGGCUGCAGCUCGUGGACGAGUGGAGCUUAAUAUACAGCUUGGAGCAGAACGGCGUCAGCUUAGCAACUUUAUACAAGAAUGCGGACGACUACAGAGGGAAGAGAGGGGGUUUCGUACUGGUCAUCAAGGACGCCGGUGGUGGUGCGUUCGGCGCAUACCUCUCUGACGCCCCACACCCAUCCCCGCAUUUCUAUGGCAAUGGCGAGUGCUUCUUGUGGAGAGCGCAUGUCCUCACAUCCCUCCCCAAUCUCGCGAACCUCCCGCCACCACCAUCCGCAGACACGACGAAUGCAGUCAGGAUGACAACGAUCGCCACACGAAAACCAAAGUCAGAUGAACUUUCACCUCCAGCAUCCGGCCAGGCGAGCAGGAGCGGGACGAGCACGCCCGAGAGAAUAAGAUUCAAGGCGUUCCCCUACAGCGGAGUAAAUGACUACAUGAUCUUCUGUGAGCACGGCUUUUUGAGCGUGGGUGGGGGUGACGGCCACUACGGUCUUUGGCUUGAUGACAACCUCGAAAACGGAGUCUCAGCGACAUGUCCCACCUUCGGCAACGAGCCACUGAGCGAUGACGGCACCAAAUUCGAAGUCAUGGGCGUGGAACUGUGGUACCUUGGUUCAUGA